GAAGAAUGUGACACCAUCUCUUCAUUUCACUUCAAGCACUUCCUCACUGUUCCAACCAAAAGUGGCACAAAUCUCAGCUCCUUUUUGUAAUGAUUUCAUCAUUGCCACUGUCAACAGCAAUUUAAUAAACACCCAAUUUAGGGAGCCGUAAACAAGGUGUGCAAACUUCUGGAGAGCUGUCGGGAUGCUGCAGAGCGGGGCGGCUGGAGGCCGUGGCUGUGCUCUGUGCCCACUGCUGGGCGUCCUAUUCUUCCAGGGUGUUUACAUCGUCCUUUCCCUGGAGAUUAAAGCAGAUGCCCAUGUCCGGGGUUAUGUUGGAGAAAAUAUCAAGUUGAAAUGCACCUUCAAGUCAACCUCAUCUAUCACUGACAAACUCACCAUAGACUGGACAUAUCGACCUCCAAGCAGCAGUCGCACAGAAUCAAUUUUUCAUUAUCAGUCUUUCCAGUACCCAACCACAGUGGGCACGUUUCGGAAUCGAAUUUCCUGGGUUGGAGAUGUGUACAACGGGGAUGCGUCCAUAAGCAUAAUCAACCCUACCAUAAAGGACAAUGGGACCUUCAGCUGUGCUGUGAAGAAUCCCCCGGAUGUGUACCAUAAUAUUCCAGGGACAGAGCUAACCGUCACAGAAAGGGGUUUUGGCAUGAUGCUGUCCUCCGUGGCCCUUCUUUCCAUUCUUGUCUUCAUUCCCUCAGCUGUGGUGGGUGUGCUGCUGCUGGUGAGAAUGGGGAGGAAGUCUGCGGGGCUGAAGAAGAGGAGCAAGUCUGGCUCUAAGAAGUCAUCUAUUGAGGUUUCAGCUGACAGUGACCAGGAGAAGGAUGACUGCAUGGGCAAGCUUUGUGUCCGUUGUGCCGAGUGUCUGGAUUCAGACUAUGAAGAGACUUACUGAUGAAAGUCUGCAUGAUAGAAGAAGAGUCACCUAAUAACAGAAAAUAUCCCAUUCCACUGUCAGCUAAAGCCUCCCAGAGAAGUGGAGCUGGCUUGGACAGUAGUGAUGGAGAAUUCUGGAAGCCAUCAGUGAAGACUUUAGGAGCCAUUUAUUUAUUGAAGAAAUGUUCUUUUUGUAUUUAUAAACUGUUCAAAAACUCUCAGAAGAAACUUAUAACUACCCCUUUAAAUAACUUAUACUCUAAUUGAAUGAAGGAAUUCUUUUCCUAAAUAGAAAGAUACUUUUUGUUUUGCCUUUGCUCUUGAAUGUAUUACAUGUUUUCUUCCAAUUUUUUGAGGGAGAAUCCUAGAUGUUGGCCAUACUGCUGAUGCCAAAAUGUGUACAUAUAUUUAAUGAAAUGGAGCUUGGAGCUUCCUGAUGUGCUCCCAGGCAAAAUGUUUGUCUGGGAUAGCUAUUCUUUAUUUUUUGCUCCAUGAACAUUUUCAGCUGUGAGUUAGCAUACAGCAUAUACUCGUUGGUUUAAUGAUCUCAUCAUCAAUUGUGUUUGGGAGGCUUGGAGUGCAUAACCUCAGUUUUUUUUUUAGAGUUGGUAGGCUCGGGAGUCAGUGGUUUACUUUGACUGGGUUUUUAAAGUGUUAAAGUGCAUUCAGUUUACAAUUAAGGAAAGAAAUGAUGAGAUAGAGGGAUUCCUUUCUUUUGUCUUACUAGGUGCAAUUUGUUAUUUUAC